GAUACUCGAUUGCUCUGGCCUGUCUGACUGAACGCAACAACGCCAGUCAAAGCGGAAGUUGCUGCCCUGCUAAAGAGUCGUGCUAGUAUUAGCCUUUAAGCAAUAUAUCCUCCUCUCAAUCUCCAAAAUACAUCAGCCACAGGACAACUUUGUUUGGACGUCAUAAAGGACCAUUAGCCUUAACUGGAUAGAUAUCGCUAGCUACCUAUUUUUCCACGUUAGCUAGCUGGGAUUUUCUAAAAGGAAUCUGGUCAUCUAAAGUGUAUGGACUUCCUGCUGUCUUCUUCUUCUACUGGUCAUCUAAAGUGUAUGGACUUCCUGCUGUCUUCUGCUACUACAGGUCAUCUAAAGUGUAUGGACUUCCUGCUGUCUUCUUCUUCUACUGGUCAUCUAAAGUGUAUGGACUUCCUGCUGUCUUGCCAUUGACAGAUUCAGUGAAAUCGGAAGAGCAGGGAAUGUCUUGGUUACUCCAACUGAAAGAGGACAUCAGAAAGAUACAGGAAGAAUCUAGUGUGGCUCCCAUGAGUCCCAGCCAGUCUGAUGACGAAGCGGGGGACAGCCCUAACGGUCGCUCACUCAGUGGGAAGGGCUUAUCUGGGAAGACUCCAGGGUUGAAAGGGAUCCAGCGACCUUAUAGCUGUGAUGUGUGUAAGAAGACUUUCACUCAGUCAGUAAACCUACGAAGACACCAAAGAGUACACACUGGAGAGAAACCUUACAGUUGUGAUCAUUGUGGGAAGAGUUUUGCUCGUUCGGGACCCCUGACUAUUCACAAGCGUGUACACACUGGAGCGAAACCUUACAGGUGUGGUCUGUGUGGGAAAAGCUUUGCUCGUUUGGGAGCCCUGACUAUUCACAAGCGUGUACACACUGGAGAGGAACCUUACAGCUGUGAUCAAUGUGGGAGGAGUUGCAAAGAUACCACAGCCCUGAAUGAACACAUGCGUACACACACGGGCGAGAAACCUUUUAGCUGCUACGUCUGUGGAAUGAGUUUUUCUCGACAAAGCAACCUGAAUGUACACAUGCGUACACACACAGGAGAGAAGCCUUACAUCUGUGAUCAAUGUGGGAAGAGAUACACUCAUGCAGGUGAAUUGACAAAACACAUACGUGCGCACACUGGAGAGAAACCCUACAGCUGUGACCAGUGUGGGAAGAGUUUUGCUCGAACUGAUUACCUGACUGAACACAAGGUAACACACACCGGAGAGAAGCCUCAUAGUUGUGAUAUAUGUGGAAAGGGCUUCACUCGGCCUAACUGCUUGGCUGCACACAAGCUAACACACACAGGAGAGAAGCCCUACCUCUGCUCAGACUGUGGGAAGAGCUUCUAUACACCAGCAAAGUUGAAAGAGCACAAGCGAUCACACACAGGAGAGAACCCUUACAGGUGUGGUCUGUGUGGGAAGAUCUUUGCUUGUUUGGGAUCCCUGACUAAACACAAGCAUGUACACACUGGAGAGAAACCAUACAACUGUGGUCUGUGUGGGAAGAGCUUUGCUUUUUCGGGAUCCCUGACUAAACACAAGCGUGUACACACUGGAGAGAAACCUUACAGCUGUGACCAGUGUGGGAAGAGCUUCACUCAGUCAACAAACCUGACUAAGCACAGACGCAUUCACUCUGGAGAGAUGCCCUAAAGCUGUGAUCUAUGUGGGAUUAACUUCACUCAGUCAUGUUCUCUGGCAAGACACAAUAGUAGGAGUCACACAGGAGAGAAGCUGUACUGCUGUGAUGUAUGUGGGAUGAACUUCGCUUAUUAGUGUCUUAUUUCAUGGGCUCAUAUUGUCAAUUAAAUAAUGUAGAAUAUUUUAGCAAUGUUAUAAUAAGAGUUCAUGUUUUAAUUCAAUUUGAAUGCAUAUAUUAAUACAUACCAUGUUAUUUUGCUUUUAGUAAGAUUAAAUACAAAGCUCCUAUGAACUUUGGCAUUCCUUAUUCUUCAGAGAACAACAAAAAAAUGCAGCAAGUUUUACCAGAAGUAAGAUUAGUUACAGGAAGCAUCAUCCAUGUAGACACAAUAGUUUUUAUCUCCUAUUGAGGAAGACUAAUGACCGGGCUGCUGCACAGUCACUAUGGGAGCUCUUUCUAGAGCGUCCGGUUAAAUUAGGCAUACAAGUAUUUUUUUUACGAACUCAAAUGGCAUGAAAAAUACGGGGGCACUCUGUAUGAACGUCGCUGGCUAAACUAUCACUCAAAUAACGGCCAACCCUUGUCAGUAUUGAUCCUACGUCAAAUGAAACAACAAAUUAAAUAACAAAGCAACUUAUUUGUUUCUGUAAGUGAGGACCUGGUGGACUGUAUAUUCUUUAGGUGAGGUUACUUUAUGUGUUCUCUCCCGUGUGCUGGUAAGGGCACAGAUGGCAGACAGGUAGGAUUCCAGUUGAAGGGCACAGAUGGCAGAUAGGUAGGAUUCCAGUUGAAGGGCACAGAUGGCAGACAGGUAGGAUUCCCGUUGAAGGGCACAGAUGGCAGACAGGUAGGAUUCCAGUUGAAGGGCACAGAUGGCAGACAGGUAGGAUUCCAGUUGAAGGGCACAGAUGGCAGACAGGUAGGAUUCCAGUUGAAGGGCACAGAUGGCAGACAGGUAGGAUUCCAGUUGAAGGGCACAGAUGGCAGACAGGUAGGAUUCCAGUUGAAGGGCACAGAUGACAGACAUGUAGGAUUCCAGUUGAAGGGCACAGAUGGCAGACAGGUAGGAUUCCAGUUGAAGGGCACAGAUGGCAGACAGGUAGGAUUCCCGUUGAAGGGCACAGAUGGCAGACAGGUAGGAUUCCAGUUGAAGGGCACAGAUGGAAGACAGGUAGGAUUCCAGUUGAAGGGCACAGAUGGCAGACAGGUAUAAGGGAGAAUGGGACACAGAAAUUGAGUUUAAAGAGUUUACUGAGUAGAACAUCAAUCUUCUGAUAUAAUUUUUCAAGAGAAAUUAGUCUGGCUCUGGCCCACCCUCCAGUAAAGUAGAUGGCAGCAAUGCACCAUUAACAUUGGAUACCAACCAUCGGUAAACCCCACCGAAGAAGAAGUAUACUUAUAUAAACAAUGGUUGAUAAAUGAAGAUAGUUCACUCAGGCCCGUUUACCAUUGAAAACCAUUGGGAAAAAUAGUCAGUUCUGGUCUACUUAACUCAUGGACUUUCAUUGAACCACAAAAAAACGAGACUCCCUAAAAACACCCCACUUUGAUACAAGUGACUUCGUAACAGGUUAGUAAAGCAUUUUCGCUAACCCUUUUCCUAAACUCCUACAUUAAUUAUCAUAACCUGCUGCGAAAA